AUGAACAAUACAUUAUUUUCUAACUAUAAGUUAUCAAAUAAAAUUCGAUUGCUUUACAAUGGAAAAUCUCCUUCUUAUACUGCACAACAAAAAUUGGCUGUCGAGUCAGUCGGAGAAAAUAACAGAUUGUUGUCUUUUCACGUUGGAGAUAAAAUUAAUGGUUUCGUAGUAAAACAAAUAGAAAAUAUUCCAGAGUUUCAACUAACUGCAGUAAAGCUUUUACAUGAAGAAACUGGAGGAGAAUAUUUACAUAUUGAUAAAGAUGAUACCAACAAUGCAUUUUCAGUAAUUUUUAGAACAACUCCCACCGAUUCAACUGGUUUACCUCAUAUUUUAGAGCAUACAACAUUGUGUGGAAGUCAUAAAUUUCCAUGUCGUGAUCCAUUUUUUAAAAUGUUAAAUCGUUCUCUGGCUACAUUUAUGAAUGCCAUGACGGCUCCUGAUUACACAAUGUAUCCCUUUUCUACUCAAAAUUUAAAAGACUAUGAAAAUUUAAUGUCAGUUUAUUUGGAUGCAGUUUUUCAGCCUUUGCUAAACGAACACGAUUUUCGACAAGAAGGUUGGAGGCUUGAACAUGCAAAUCCAGAAGAUCCAAAAACUCCGAUUAUAAUUAAAGGAGUUGUUUACAAUGAAAUGAAAGGAGUGUUUGCAGAUAAUCAAAAUAUAUUACAGUACUCUCUCUUGAGUAGCAUUUUACCAUCGAAUACUUAUGGUGUGUGCUCUGGAGGAGAUCCAGCAGAAAUCCCUUCAUUAAAUCAUGCAGAUCUUAAAGCAUUUCAUAAAAAUUAUUAUUCACCAUUUAAUGCCAAAUACUAUUCAUAUGUAAAUAAAAAAACUCAAGAUCAAUUAUCGACAAUUGUGGCGCCAGAAAAAAGAUGGAGUGCUCCUAUUAGGAAACAUAUUUCUUGCAGGAAUGAUCCGUUAGCAGCUGAUAAAAAUAAACAAUCAUCUAUUACCAUAAGUGUUUUAUGUUGCAGUAUAACUGAUGUUGAAGAAUGUCUUUUAUUGAAAGUUUUAUCUGAUUUACUUGUCACAGGACCUAAUUCUAGUUUUUAUAAAACUCUCAUAGAACCAAACAUAGGAGCAGGUUUUAGUCCUGUGACCGGUUAUGAAAGUCAAACGAGAGAUACAUUUUUUAGUGUGGGUUUACAAAGUGUUUCAGAAAAAGAUUUUGAUAAAAUAAUUCAAAUAUAUGAAGAUACAAUUGACAAUGUUAUUAAAGAAGGUUUUGAUAAAAAAAAUUUAGAAGCAAUUUUGCAUUCAAUUGAAUUAAAUUUGAAACAUCAAACUUCAAAUUUCGGUUUAGGAUUAUUAUUCAGUGUUGCUCCAAUUUGGAAUCACGAGGGAGAUAUAAUUAAUUAUUUGAAAGUGGAAAGUCAUAUAGAAAAACUUAAACGUAAAAUCAAUGAAGAUCCAAAAUAUUUACAAAAUACUGUGAAAAAAUAUUUUAAAGAUAAUAAUCAUAAAUUAAUUUUAACAAUGUCUCCGGAUCCCAAAUACGAUGAGGAAGAAAAACAAAAAGAAGAAAAGUUAAUUAGUAAAAAAGUUCAAGUGCUUAGCGAAGAAGAAAAGCGUAAGAUUUUCGAAGACGGUUUAAAAUUAUUGCAAUUACAAAAGAAAGAUGACAAAUCAUGUCUUCCAAGUUUGAAAAUCAGUGAUUUGAAAAAAGAUGUGGAAAAAGUUAAAAUCAUAAAUGAAAAAGUGGAUGACGUAAAUGUUUACGUCAUACCACAACCGACCAAUGGCAUUACGUAUUUUAGAGGCAUUAUGACUUUGGGUGAUUUGUCGGAAGAAUUAAAAAAUUACCUUCCCUUAUUUGCCACCGUGGCUACCAAAAUGGGUACUAAGAAACGUAAUUAUAAAGAAUUCGAUCAAAUUUCGACAUUGAAGACCGGAGGUUUAAGUUUGGGAACUCAUUUCAAAGAUGACAUAAGUCGAAUGGAUCAUUUGGAAGAAAGUUUAACCGUCAGUUCGUAUUGUUUAAAUAGAAACAUCGACUCCAUGUUUGAUCUCUGGUUGGAGAUUUUUCAAGGCAUGGAAUUAUCAGAUUUGAAAAGAUUUGAAACGUUGGUUAAUGCUCAAGCCGCGGCUUUAGUGAACGAUAUCACAGAUCUGGGCCAUCAUUACGCCGUCCUUUCUUCCUCAAGCUUAGUGUCGGGUUCGAGUUUACUAAAAGAAAAAAGUUCCGGGCUGACUUAUGUCAACGCAAUGAAAAACAUCGCUCAGGGAGACUUGGCCCCCGUUUUAAAGAAAAUGAUAGAAAUAAAAGAAAAACUUAUGUCUCGAAGUCGAAUGCGGUGUGCCGUUAACGUUGUAGAAGGUACGGAAUCCAAAGUUCUCGAACAGGUUUCUAGGUUUAUUCAUAAUACUCAGGGUACAAUCGAAAAUUCGUACGCAAUGCAAAACGUUGGCCUUUCGAAAUCAUCCACCGGCGGUCUUUUUCACGUACUACCUCUACCAGUAAGUUACACUGGAAAAACGAUCAUCACCGUACCUUACGAACACGAGGAUUGUUCAACGAUAGGCGUGUUGGCACGAUUAAUGACAAUGAAAUACCUACAUCCGGAAAUACGGGAAAAGGGAGGAGCCUACGGCGGUGGAGUCACGUUAUCCGCAUCCGGUCUAUUAAAUUUUUAUUCGUACAGGGAUCCCAAUCCGGAGAAUUCGCACAGAGUUUACGAUAAUUCCAUAUCGUGGUUAAAACGUGGGGAAUUCACUCAGGAAGAUGUGAACGAAGCAAAAUUGGGAUUGUUUCAAUCCAUAGAUGCUCCCGUACCUCCCGGAAGUAAAGGAAUGAGAUGGUUUUUGCACGGAAUAACGGACGAAUCGUUACAAGAACAUAGAUUAAGAAUUAUGAGUGCGACAAAAGACAAAAUAAUUGAAGUCGGUGAAAAAUAUUUAAGUGAAAAAAAUACGAAUCCCGUGGGACGAGCGACGAUAGGACCCGAAAAUAAAAAUAUAUUAAAAAAUAAAGAACAGAAUUGGAGGUUUAUAGGUCAAGAAUAA